UUUUUUUUUUUUUUUUUUUUUUUUUUUGUCUUUUUAGGCCCUCACCCACGGCAUAUGGAAGUUCCCAGGCUAGGGGUCAAAUUGGAACUGUAGCUGCCGGCCACAGCCACAGCGACUUGGGAUCCAAGCCACCUCUGCCACAGCAGCUCGGGAUCCUAUACCGCAACUCACGGCAAUGCCGGAUCCUUAACCCACUGAACAAGGCCAGGGAUCAAACCCACAUCCUCAUGGAUACUAGUCAGGUUCAUUACUGAUGAGCCACAAUGGGAACUCUGUGUUUGUUUUUUUUAAAAAAACCCUCUGGUGAGGAGGACUGCAAAGUGGUUAAGAGCAUGGGUUCUAACACUCAAUACCCAGCUCCAGCCCUAGCCUCACCAUUUACUAGCAGUGAGACCUAGGGCCCCAGAUUCCACAUCAGUGGGAUGGGCAGGAGGAAAACGGCUUAUCUUGCAAGGGUGUUGUGAGAGUUGAUGCUUGUGAAGAAGAGUGCCUGGCGUGUGGAAAGCCUUAUGGAAAUGUCACUGUUUGCUGCAAUUCUUCUCAUCAUGAUUCUCCUCUAAGACUCAACAGCGGUGAGGGAGAGUACUCUGAACUUAAAUUCAAGUGGAUUUGAGGGUCGAAAUUAGUAGUGGCACCUUUGGGGCAAGUCCUUUAUUUUCUCUGUGCCUCAGCUUCCAUAUUUGCAACAUCAAGCCAAAAAAUCCCACUGCAUGGGGUUUUCAUGGGGAUUAAAGGACCUGGCUGGUUUGUUUGGACUUCUUUAGCUUUGCACGUUAGGUCCUCAAAGCACUACUCUGUGUGUUGUUUUUGUCAUGGACAAUUAUUAUAGUUGGGAGCGGUGGCUGCAAAAUGAGUCCUCUUUCCCUCUCCAUCCCCCUUGCCCUGGCGCCUGAGAAACAGAGCAUCCCCAUGGCAACAGCGGCAGCUGGUCCCUUGAUAAGAGGCUCUGGAGCCAGGCAGCAUCAGCCACUGCCACUGAGGAGCCGGCCCAGCUUCAGGGAGGAAGCUCUCUCUCACCAUCCUUUGCCUUCUCAUCUCAGCCCCUGUACCGAUUGCCUUCUGUAGGGCUGGAGAAGAAAUCAUACACUGACCCGCCUUGGAUGAUGUCCACCGAGCAAGUGCAGCCCCUGGAGCUCUCAGAAGACCGACUGGACAAGCUCGACCCUCGUUGUGGCCACUUAGAUGAUCUUUCAGACCAGUUUUUUAAGGACUGUGAUCUCAAGAAGAAGCCAAGAAAGGGGAAAAAUGUCCAAGUCACCCUGAAUGUUGAAUCAGACCAGAAAAAGCCAAGGAGAAAAGAUACACCAGCCCUGCACAUCCCACCUUUCAUUCCAGGUGUGCUUUCAGAACACUUAAUUAAAAGAUACGAUGUCCAAGAGAGACAUCCAAAGGGCAAAACGAACCCAGCUCUUCACAACACGGACCUGGAACAGAAAAAGCCAAGGAGAAAAGACACACCUGCCCUGCACGUGUCCCCCUUUGCAUCAGGUGUGACCCUGCUCAGGGAUGAGAGACCCAAAGUGAUCCUGGAAGAUGAUGAAAAGGACGGUGACAAGAUAGCUAUUUAAAGCGAUUUCCCUUGAGACCACGCGUAAAUAGGUUAAAUUGGUUCCCUAUGGCGACCUAGAAAAAGUAGGCUCAUUUCUGCUCUCGUUUUGUCACAGUCUGCCUUUAAGAUCCAGACACCUUUUCCCCAGGAGGCAUGCAGUAUCAAAUUGCCAGUCACCUCUUUGUCCCUCUGCUCUUUCUGGACUCUGGUUGCCACUCUCACCUCUUGAAUUUUCAUUUUCUGAUGUCGUGGAAAGGAAGUGGGUCAUCCUAACUUAGGAGGUUAACAGGGAAGCUUUAGUGCUCAGUGUCUUCAUCUCCCUCAUCAAUUUAUGGAGCAAAGAAUGUGGAUAACACGGGAAUCCUUCAGACUUGACCUCACAUCAUCCAACUGCCGGUUCCAGUGCGGGCUCUCUGUUGCCACUUAGAAAAGUGAGAAUGUUUGGGUUCUAACUCCCUGGUUACUUUGGAGAACAUGGUCUUUUAUCUCUUUUAUCCUUCCUCAAGAGUCCAAGGGUCUCUGGUGAUAUUCCUAAGAGCUUUGUAACUGUUACCCUAAAAGUGAAUAUAUGAGCUGUGGGAGUUCAAGCCAGCCAAUCAUGCAUUGGUCCAAAGUAGCGCGGAUAGAGAGUGCUGGUCUGCCUGGGAAGCUUAGAAAUAUACGCUAUUUAUUUAUUUAUUUAUUUAUUCGGCUGUGCCCGCAGCAUGUGCAAGUUCGGGGGCCAGAGAUCAAACCUGCACUACACCAGCGACCUUGAGCUGCCGCAGUGACAAAGCCGGAUGCUUAACCCUCUGAGCCAACCAGGAAACUCCAGUAAUAUACCCUAUUUACUUUAAAAAAACAUUUCUUAACCAUGUUGUCUGGAGAUUUUGUGCGUUGUGUCACAAGUGAACCAUUCCAAACAGUAGGUAUCAUACCAAUGCUGGUGAUGAAUUUACUUUUUAAAAACUUAGUUCAGAUCAGUGGCAGUCCACUGCUAUACUUUCAGCAUCCCCACUCAUUUAGACACCAGGAUGCUUUCUCGGAUGAGAGGGAAACAUGUGGUGUAAUGAGCAGGAGGCUUUAUGACCCCUGCCCAGCCUGCAGUCUGGGUGGCGGGGUGGGGGUGUGCCAUGGAAAAGCUUUGCACGGGGCCUCAUCCACCAGGUGACUGAUGUGAGGAAGGACAAAAGCUAUUGUUCAGAGGUCUAAGGGUGGCUGUUGGAGUUCCCAUUGUGGCUCAGAAGAAAUGAAUCCAACCAGUAUCCAUGAGGAUGCAGGUUCGAUCCCUGGCCUCACUCCGGGGGUCAGGGAUCUGGCAUUGACAUGAGCUAUGGUAUCACAGACACAGCUUGGAUCCCGCGUUGCUGUGGCUGUGCUAUGGGUGCAGCUCUUAAAAAAAAAAAAAAAAAAAAGAAGAAGAAGGUAUAAGGGUAGAUAUUCAAAUAGAUCCUGCCUAAAAAUGAUAAAUUUGGAAGCUGUAGAUACAGCUUGACUCCAGUGGUUCGUUAAUCCUUUCUGUUUUCCUGUCCUCACAGAUGUGGAAAAGAUGCAGGACUCUGUUGGUAAUAAAGAUGCCUCUAGUAAUAAGAUG